GGCGCCUUUCCUUUCUUCCUCCGUUGCGUCUCUCUCUCUCUCUCUUGUUCUUCUUGUUCCUUUCUUUCAUUUCAUUCCUAUGACGUUCUUAUUUUAGUAGAUUCUUUCUUUCCUAGAGAAUUGGGAUUCUGAUGUUUCUGGUCUGAAUUUGGUGCCUUUUUCUCGGAAUUUUUAUCUCGUUUUUAGCUUUUAAUUUUCCAUUAUCCAAUUUCUGCUAAAAAAUGGAGAUCGACUUUGAAUCUCUGGUGGAGGCCACGUCUGGUGCCGUGGGAUCCAUCGUCAGCACCACCGUGCUGUACCCUCUGGACACCUGCAAAUCGAAGUACCAGGCUGAGGUUCGAGCUGGCUCCACCCGGAAGUACAGGAAUCUUUCAGAUGUCCUAUGGGAAGCUGUUUCAAGUAACCAGAUUCUCUCGCUGUACCAGGGGCUUGGUACAAAGAACUUGCAGUCGUUUAUAGCACAAUUUUUUUAUUUUUAUGGUUACAGUUAUUUCAAGAAGCUAUAUUUGAGCAAGGCUCGAACAAAAUCAAUUGGCACAAAAGCCAAUUUAGUUAUUGCUGCGGCUGCAGGAGCAUGCACAUCAAUAAUUAUACAGCCACUGGAUACAGCAUCAUCUCGUAUGCAAACAAGUGAAUUUGGGGAAUCAAAGGGGCUUUGGGAGACUCUAUCGCAGAGAUCCUGGAGUGAGGCAUUUGACGGCCUUGGCAUAUCUCUUCUUCUUACGUCAAAUCCUGCUAUUCAGUACACAGUGUUUGAUCAAUUAAAACAAAGGCUCUUGAGGCAUCAGAGAAGUAACAGGACCGACCUGGUCACAGAAGCUCCCUCUCCUCAAGCUCUGUCUGCAUUUUCCGCAUUUGCACUGGGUGCACUUUCAAAGUGCAUUGCUACAUUCUUCACCUAUCCAGCAAUUAGGUGUAAGGUUACGAUCCAGGCUCCUGAACCAAAAGAAGAAACAAAAAAGGGUGCUAAAACCAAGCCCAAGAGCAUAAUUGGUGCAUUGUACACUAUUUGGAGAAAGGAGGGGCCACUCGGUUUCUACAAAGGGCUACAAGCUCAGAUCUUGAAGACAGUCCUCAGUUCAGCCCUGCUGCUAAUGAUAAAAGAAAAGAUCUCCAGAACCACCUGGGUUUUAAUGCUUGCUCUGCGCAUGUAUAUUUUUGGUGCCAAGAAGAGGGUCAAAAACACUUGAGAGAUGUUCAACAUAAACAUCUCAAAAUCUGUUCAAUAAGGGCCUUGCUCGAACCAUGCUGGAGGCUGUGCAACAUGAUUUGUCAGACAGGAAAAAAAGAAAAACAAAAAAAAGCCUUGAGAGCAUUGCCAUUGAUUCUAUCUGUUGUAAAUAACAAAACCUAUAAAUAUUUUUGUUGGCAAUGCGAAGGAAAUUAUGUAGUGCGGUUCUGUUUUCAA